AUGGCUUUGUCCGUGUUUCUCCCUCAUUGCCUAUAUAAGACCGCUAUGGUGUGUCUUAGCGAUGUUAGGGUACUUGGGGGUGUCGAUCCGGAGCCGUCGAUCCGACUUUUGAAAGACCUGCUAGGUUAUCUGAGUAUAAGAUGGGUAGCCGCAAAGCGUUACUUGGCAAAGGUUGAGAUAUCACAGGAGACAUGUAGCUUAUGA